ACAGUUGCAUCAACCCUACUACAAACCCUAGCUUCCCUCUUCUUCUUCUCUUUUUCACGGCCGAGAGAACCCAAAAUUCUCAGUCCCUCUCUCUACGCACACAUCAGAAGACCGGUGAGUUCCCUCUCAGAUCUUCGAUUUCAGCUCAAACCCUAAUCUUUAUCCUUUCUUUUAUUUCUCAAUCUAAAGAUGGGUGAAGAGGCAGUCAAGACGGUGAUUCCAGAGUCAGUGUUGAAGAAGAGGAAGAGGGAAGAAGAAUGGGCAUUGGCAAAGAAGCAAGAUCUUGAGGCUACAAAAAAGAAAAAUGCAGAAAACCGAAAGUUGAUUUUCAAUAGGGCCAAGCUGUACUCAAAGGAGUAUGAAGAGCAGGAGAAGGAGCUGAUUAGGUUGAAGCGUGAGGCAAAGUUGAAAGGUGGGUUUUAUGUUGACCCGGAGGCGAAGCUCCUGUUUAUCAUUCGCAUUCGUGGUAUCAAUGCCAUGCACCCAAAGACAAGAAAGAUAUUGCAGCUCUUGCGUUUGAGACAGAUCUUCAAUGGUGUAUUUUUGAAAGUGAACAAGGCUACAGUGAAUAUGCUCCAGAGGGUUGAGCCUUAUGUGACUUAUGGAUAUCCCAACUUGAAGAGUGUGAGGGAACUGAUCUAUAAGAGAGGAUAUGGAAAGUUGAACCAGCAGAGAACUGCUUUGACCGAUAACGCUAUCGUUGAACAGGCUCUGGGUAAGUAUGGCAUUAUCUGCACGGAAGAUCUCAUCCAUGAGAUAUUGACAGUUGGACCUCACUUCAAGCAGGCAAACAACUUCCUGUGGCCAUUUAAGCUGAAGGCACCCUUGGGUGGUCUAAAGAAGAAGAGGAACCACUAUGUUGAGGGAGGUGAUGCCGGAAAUCGUGAGAAUUUCAUCAAUGAGCUAAUUAGGAGAAUGAAUUAGACUACUGCACUAUUUUGUUAGUUGGAAGAGUGAGGUUUUUUUUUUUUUUUUUUGUAUCUCAGGAAGUAAUCUGAACACCAAUUUUCCUCUCUGAACUACAAUUUCAUAUAUUACUUUUUGGUUGAGUUAUGGCAUUCAAAUGCUCUGUAGUCUGUCCGAUUGCCCAAUUAAACUUAUUAACAAUGUCCAAACCGUUCUCUGAAA